AUGGAUUCCAUGAGAUCCUUGAACACCUCUCUCCCGAGCUCGACCCCGCGCCCACAGCCAUCUGAGCAACUCCUGCAGUCAUUCAAGGCCGCCGCCUUGUCUGUGACCAACUUAUACAAGAACGCUGUCUGUGAUCAGGCCCAAGCUAGACAAGCUGGCUAUCAAGAUGCUAUCGAGGAUUUACUUCACUUCCUCGAUCGGGAGAAUCUAGGCCUUGGUGAUGGAGAGGGGUGGAAAGUCCGACAAUGGGCAACCGAGAAGCACGACGGAACUGGGUCACAAAGCAGCGAUGAGGAGGAACGCGGUGACGCAGAGAAGCGUGACCGAAGUGCUACACCGGCCGCCACCCGGAAAGAGGCUGAGUCUACAUCUCGUCAGCCCCCGGCCUCUGCACCCACCUCCACGAUCCCUUCUACGCCAAACCCUACACCUCGUCCUGAAAACACCAACCCGACUCCGCAAACCCAAGAAACCUUUAUGGGGGCCCCGACAGUAUUCACCUUCACCGCUGGCCCAACUUUCCCCCAAUGCCAGGAUGAUAUGGAUUUGCAAUCUCCGGAUAACUCUACGUCUCCCUCACAAGACGGCGCACCCGUCAGCGUUUUGAUGCCUCGAAACACUCGCCAGCAACACCGUCACAACAAUCUCAACCGCCCGAACGCCCGUUUUGCCCCACGCGAGUCCCCAAACAACCUCGGACCGAGCCUUGGAACCGGGUUGGGAUCGAAGCGGAAAUUCACAGUUCCGGACUUCUUUGAUUUUUCUGGACUACCGAAUGGCCGGGACUUGUCCGGGGGAGGCAAACGAGGUCGUUUCACAUAG